ACACAAGAGGGAGUGUGCGGCGGGCGCUGUGAUUCAGGCCUAAUUAAAGGGUUGCAUCUGCGCAGGGUUAUAAGCGAAGAGCGGCUCCAACAGAUCCUCUUGUCAGUAGGCAACCGCGAGGGUUCAACGCGGACAACGUAGCCGGGGCGGAAGGCGUUCGAUGCUGGCUUUGCCUCCACUAUGGCAAAAAUCAUCUUGAGGCAUCUCAUAGAGACUCCAGUGCGAUACGAGGAGGAGUUUGAAGCUCGAGGUUUGGAAGACUGCAGGCUGGAUCACGCUUUAUAUGAACUGCCCGGGCCAACCACCGUGGACCUGGGGAAAGCCAGGGUGGCCCAGGCUGCGCCGGUGGACACCGCAGAGAUGCCGCCCCAGAGAGACAAAUCCCGCUUCCAGGUCCUGCUGGACGUGGUCCAGUUCCAACCCGAAGAUAUCAUCAUUCAGACCUUCGAAGGCUGGCUGCUGAUUAAGGCUCAACAUGGAACCAGAAUGGACGAGCACGGUUUUAUCUCAAGAAGCUUCACCCGACAGUAUAAACUGCCCGACGGCAUUGAAACCAAAGAUUUGUCUGCCAUCCUGUGUCACGAUGGAAUUCUGGUGGUGGAAGUAAAGGAUUCAGUUGGGACCAAGUGAUAUCUUAUCGGUGCCUGUUCAUGCAGCACGAGGAAGAGUCUAGUUCAGCCCAUGGUAUCACGAGAAUGUGUGUAUUACCUACAUUUGAAAUGAUUUUUAUGAAGAUUAAAAAUAUAGACAUAGUUCCUGGCA